CAACACUUGGCAAAGUAGAAUAGGGACAAAUGGCCGCUGCCGCCGCUUUCUCACAUUGGCUUCAAGUCGUUCUUUAAUUGAUUUUUAUAUUAAUUCUUUACAAGUAAUUAAGAUACUUCUAUAAGAAAACUGUUCAACCAUAAAAUGGGAACUGUGGAGUACGAUUUGGCUGGAGUGACUGGUGGUUUGAUGCCUCAAAUACAAGCCCUGAUUGCACCACCUGUCUCUGAGGAAUCAAAAUCAGCCAAAAAUAAGAAAGACUGUGAAGAAAAAAGACAUCCAUACUUUAAGAGACCUGGCAGAGGUCAUAACAGAGACUCUUGUGAUGCUUGUCGUGAUGGCGGAGAACUUAUAUGUUGUGACAAAUGUCCUGCAUCCUUUCAUUUACAAUGCCAUGAUCCGCCAUUGGAACCUAAAGACAUUCCUAAUGGGGAAUGGAUGUGCCAUGCAUGUAGACAAGCUAACAAAAAUGACAAUGGUAUUAAUAAAAAGAAGAAAAGGAAAUCAGCAUUAGAGACAUUGGCUCUGGCUGCCUCUCUAGUUAAUCCUCGAGAGUUUGAAUUGCCACGUGAACUCCAGUUGCCUAUAACGUUUCCACGGACGGAUAAAGUAGACAUGGGUCCUUCGAGUAAACGUGGAAGACAAACUAAUUGUUCAUCGAAUGGCAAUGGAAAAAGCCAUUGCUUAGAUAAUGGUACAACAGUUCCACUACCCGCACGACUAUGCUUCGAAUGCGGUAGAAGUUGUCGUCGCGCGCCAUUGAUAGCAUGCGACUAUUGUCCUCUAUACUUUCAUCAAGAUUGUCUAGAUCCUCCAUUAACGGCCUUUCCCAGUGGAAGAUGGAUGUGUCCGAAUCAUCCAAAUCAUUUUAUAGACCACAAUCUCCUGCCAUCUUGUCGUGCGACAGAGCGCCUCAAGCUCUGGGAUAAAUAUGCGACAAAGCGUAUAGAUCAGCAUGCGGUAAAAUUAGAAUUUCUACGUAAGGCUCGGGCCGCGAAUCCCCCAUUCAGAGUAAAAGUGCGACUGGACGGUAGAUCCCGAGUAAGAGUACCGUUAACGGUUAAAUUCCAUUACGCAAACCCCCUGGAAUUCGACUCAGUACAUUAUUGUCAUGUGAACGCGAUAGUUAGACGAGUUCACGAGGAGGCUCAGGAUCCUCAGGAAAACGUGGUGAACUCUAUGGAAAGUCAAGAUGAAGAGGACAUAAUCAAUAAGGACAAACCUAGUGAAAUGGACCAGGAGAGAAUAAAAAAUGCUUGUGAUACAAGCAGAGUUAAUUGUUUCCAUACGAAUGGAAGUGAUCCAGUGCAUCACGAACAGAAGGAUCUGAGGAACAGAAUUACCUACACUAAUGGUCGUUUGGAUUUUAAUCCCAAGGAAGGAGUGCAACUUUUAGAAAGACCUGUACUCGAGGCGCUCGCUCAACAAAGACUGGAGCAAAUACUAAAUCCAGCUGGCGAUGACUACGAGACUAUCGAUUGUCACGCGAAGGCCAGGGCGGCACUAUUCUCCCUAAGUCGAAAACCUGCUGCACCAACUUUUAUGGCACGAAAAACAUUGAUUAUCGGCACAGGUGCCGAUAGUGACUUAUUGCUCAGUAAAUAUGGAAGCUGCAGUUGCACGUCUCCGAAACAUGCAGUGAUAUUUUUCGACGAGACCACCAAAAGGUACGAAUUAUUGAACUACAGUGAGCACGGUACAACUGUGGACAGUGUCUUAUAUUCCUGUGACUUCACAAACGUAACCAGUAAAGAAACCAGUAAGGAUAUAUCGAGCAAAGAUCAGGGAACAACAGAAAUGAUAAAGUCCAUAGCCAAUCAGAGAAGAAACCACGGGCAAGACGUGGAGGAUGAGAAUGAGGUCGAUGGAAUAAGGAAAAUAUCGUGUAAAUGCUCAGUAAGUAAGUGUGAAAGGCAAAGAAACACAAUACUCGAUGAAGGAUGGGAGGGUAGUGCUCUUAUAUCUCAUGGCUCUAUACUGAGGUUUGGCUGUUUAGCAUUUCUAUUCAGUACAGUGGAGCAGGCUUUCGCAGGCCACUAGAAAA